UUUAGUCACCAUCCUUUCUCUCUUCGCCUGAGGUUCUCGGGCAGCUGUCAGACUACAUCUCCCAGAAUGCACCGGACACAGGGAACGCGUGUAUCCCUGACAUUGGAUAGCUAUUUUGGGAUGAUUUGAAUUCAGCUGGGCGCUGGGUAUCACUGCUGACUUUCCUCUUGGAUCUGGGACACCGGCCUCAUCCCCAGCGAGGAGGAACCCUUAGUGCUGAGCUACAACUGGAACCAAUUUGAAGUCCUGGCGGCAGGGUAGGAAAUAUCUCUGGACCAGAUGGCACUUUACAUCAGAAUUCUGCUCGUCCUCCAGGCGUUGGUUCCCCUUGUGCUGCCAGAACAGUCGGAUUAUACAGAGACGGACGGUGGCUGGCGCCUGUUCCGUUACUCUGCUGCCCAGGAAGAGGAGAGGUGCACAGUGGAGAGGGUCGAUGCUUCCAUUACUUAUGCCUCGUUCAUGCAACAGUAUGCAUACAAAAGCCCAGUUAUCCUACAGGGAAUCACUGAUAACUCGGAAUUCAGAUCUCUGUGCAGUAAGCAGCACCUUGUACAGGAGUACGGAGAGCGACUGGUGCGACUAAGUACAGCCAACACUUACUCCUAUGAGAAAUUGGACGUUCCCUUCCAGGAAUAUGUGGAACAUUUUCUCAGGCCCCAAGAUAUUAACACACUGGGCAGUGAUACCUUGUAUUUCUUUGGGGACAAUAACUUCACAGAAUGGGGUUCCCUGUUUCAGAAAUAUACACCACCUCCAUUUAAGAUUCCUGGCACAAGCGGUGCCUACAGCUUUGGUAUUGCAGGCUCUGGAACAGGAGUGCCGUUUCACUGGCAUGGACCGGGCUACUCUGAGGUCAUAUACGGCAGGAAGCGCUGGUUUCUCUACCCCCCAGACAAGACCCCUGAAUUUAACCCCAAUAGAACAACACUUUCAUGGGUGCUGGACACAUAUCCCUCCCUCCCAGAGGAAGAUCGCCCCAUCGAAUGUACAAUACGACCUGGAGAGGUGUUGUACUUCCCAGACCGAUGGUGGCAUGCCACCCUGAACCUGGAUACCAGCGUCUUCAUCUCCACAUUCCUGGGAUAAGUAGGCAGAAGGCACGUCACAUACAUAAAGCAGGGACAUGUUAUUCUUUGGCUUUUAUUAAUACAACUCCCAGCAACCCACUGACAGCGAAUGGCCAGUAGAACCUUGUGAAUGUGCAACCUCAGGGAAAUCAGAACUGACAUUAAAGACUAUAUAUCGGGCAACUCAGAACUGGUUACAAACUACCACUCAGUCUCCCAAAAAAAUCUUUACCUGACACUGUCCAAGUACCUCUGUGGGGGCUCAAUCAUAGACUGUUCAUUUAAUGAAACCACUUUAAAGGUUGAAGUUCAUCUUAAACUUGAUAUCAUGUAGACAGCGAUGCAGUUGGUCUUUUUUUUUUAAAUUUUAUCAGGGAAGCCUUUUAGUUCUACAGAUCUCCUGCCUGGAAUUUAAAACACUUUAUUUCUUAUUGCGGUUUGGUUUCUCUGGUAACCAGAAAGCAGAUUUACAAAGAGGCUAGCUUAGUACAGGUAUGGGAUCCGGAAACCUGUUAUCUAGAAACCUCUGAAUUACGGAGCGGUCAUCUCCCAUAGACUCCAU